CCUUUUUUUUUUUUUUUUGCCGAUAAAAAACAAGAAACAGAGUUUGAGUCAGUCUCAGUAGCCUACAAUGAUCUCUGUCUCUAUCUUCUCGCCUCACUUGGCCGCAAUUCCAAGGAGUUUUGUGAGAAUGUCUGCUUCUGCGACUCAAACGCCCGGCGGAGGAGUUUCACAAGGUUCCAUGGCCAUCAAGCCUCCUUCACAUCCUACUUACGAUUUGAAAGCCGUUGUCAAUUUAGCCCUAGCUGAAGAUGCUGGUCAUACAGGAGAUGUAACGUGUUUGGCCACGAUACCGUUUGAUAUGGAAGUGGAAGCUUAUUUCUUGGCCAAGGAGGAUGGUAUCGUUGCUGGAAUUGCUCUUGCUGACAUGAUUUUUGAACAAGUUGAUCCCUCUUUGAAGCUUUGUUUUCUGCAGUUAAUGGCAGAUGCUGCAUGCCCUGCACGUAUACUGGAGACGAGAAAAACUGCUCCUGGUUUGCGGUUGGUAGAUAAAUGGGCGGUUCUGAUUGGUGGAGGGAGGAAUCAUAGGAUGGGAUUAUUUGACAUGGUGAUGAUAAAAGAUAACCAUAUCUCAGCUGCCGGAGGUAUAAUAAAUGCCAUCAAAUCCGUUGACGAAUAUCUUAAGCAAAAAAAUCUCGAAAUGGAUGUUGAGGUGGAGACGCGGACGCUUGAGGAAGUGAAGGAAGUGCUAGGAUAUGUUAGUGGAUCCAAGACUCGGUUGACUAGAAUAAUGCUGGAUAAUAUGGUUGUGCCGUUAGAUAAUGGAGACAUCGAUGUCACAAUGCUUAAAGAAGCGGUAGAGCUAAUCAACGGGAGAUUCGAGACAGAGGCUUCGGGGAAUGUUACCCUUGAGACAGUACACAAAAUCGGACAGAGUGGAGUUACAUUCAUUAGCAGCGGAGCUCUGACGCAUUCGGUGAAAGCACUAGAUAUAUCUCUGAAGAUCGAUACGGAGUUGGCUCUUGAGGUGGGAAGAAGGACAAAACGAGCAUAAAAGAGCAUAUAUGACUUCCACGUAUUUUUACUUUCUUUUAUUCCCGGCAAACAAAGUCAAAAAUGUAACCAAUAAGGUGAGACAAACUUAUAAAAUUUCUGGUUCUUGAUGUAAUAAAUAAACUCUGAAUAGAUAUAUAUAUAUAUAGUGGAGACAUGCAUGGAUGAAUAUUGAA